GCCUUCAGGGCAUUGCGCUGCCCUUCAUCCAACCACACUUUCUUUCCCGUUUUUCCCCCUCCCUCCCCAUUUCCCACUCCCUUUCCCCGCCUGCUUUGCAUCCAUCUCCCCUACCCCGUCGCCCCCUGCUGCCUCCAUCCGCCGGGGAUAUGGCCGCAGAAGAGGUAUUGCAGACGGUGGACCAUUAUAAGACUGAGAUAGAGAGGCUGACCAAGGAGCUCACAGAGACGACCCACGAGAAGAUCCAGGCUGCUGAGUACGGGCUGGUGGUGCUGGAAGAGAAGCUGACCCUCAAACAGCAGUAUGACGAACUGGAGGCAGAGUACGACAGCCUCAAACAGGAGCUGGAGCAGCUGAAAGAGGCAUUUGGGCAGUCCUUCUCCAUCCACCGGAAAGUUGCUGAGGAUGGAGAGACUCGAGAGGAGACACUUCUGCAGGAGUCAGCAUCGAAGGAAGCUUACUAUCUGGGGAAGAUCUUGGAGAUGCAGAAUGAGCUGAAACAGAGCCGGGCUGUGGUCACUAACGUCCAGGCAGAAAACGAGAGGCUCACCGCUGUCGUGCAGGAUCUGAAGGAGAACAAUGAGAUGGUGGAGCUACAGAGAAUACGGAUGAAAGAUGAAAUUCGAGAAUAUAAAUUCCGGGAAGCCCGACUCCUUCAGGACUAUACUGAACUAGAAGAAGAAAAUAUCACGUUGCAGAAACUCGUGUCCACAUUGAAGCAGAACCAGGUUGAGUAUGAAGGCUUAAAGCAUGAGAUUAAGCGAUUUGAGGAGGAGACAGUGCUGCUGAACAGCCAGCUGGAAGAUGCCAUCCGAUUGAAAGAGAUCGCCGAGCACCAGCUGGAGGAAGCCCUUGAGACUUUAAAAAAUGAAAGGGAGCAAAAGAACAACCUGCGGAAGGAGCUCUCCCAGUACAUCACCCUCAAUGAUAACCACAUCAGCAUCUCGGUAGAUGGACUCAAGUUUGCCGAGGACGGGAGUGAACCAAACAAUGAUGACAAAAUGAAUGGGCAUAUCCAUGGACCUCUUGUGAAAUUGAACGGAGACUAUCGGACUCCCACCUUAAGGAAAGGAGAGUCUCUGCACCCUGUCUCCGACUUAUUCAGUGAGCUGAACAUUUCAGAAAUACAGAAAUUGAAGCAGCAGCUUAUGCAGGUAGAGCGGGAAAAGGCCAUUCUUCUGGCCAACCUCCAGGAGUCACAGACGCAGCUGGAACACACCAAGGGGGCGCUGACGGAGCAGCACGAGCGGGUGCACCGGCUCACCGAGCACGUCAAUGCCAUGAGGGGCUUGCAGAGCAGCAAGGAGCUCAAGGCCGAGCUGGACGGGGAGAAGGGCCGGGACUCGGGGGAGGAGGCUCACGACUAUGAGGUGGACAUCAACGGCUUAGAGAUCCUUGAGUGCAAAUACAGGGUGGCGGUUACUGAGGUGAUCGAUUUGAAAGCUGAAAUUAAGGCCUUGAAGGAGAAAUAUAAUAAAUCUGUGGAAAACUAUACUGAAGAGAAGGCCAAGUAUGAGAGUAAGAUCCAAAUGUAUGAUGAGCAGGUGACCAGCCUUGAGAAGACCACCAAGGAGAGUGGUGAGAAGAUGGCCCACAUGGAGAAGGAGCUGCAGAAGAUGACCGGCAUAGCUAACGAAAAUCACAACACCCUUAACACGGCCCAGGAUGAGUUAGUGACAUUUAGUGAGGAGUUAGCUCAGCUUUACCACCAUGUAUGUCUGUGUAAUAAUGAAACUCCCAACAGGGUCAUGCUAGACUACUAUAGGCAAAGCAGAGUCACCCGCAGUGGCAGCCUGAAAGGGCCUGAUGAUCCCAGGGGACUUUUGUCCCCACGAUUAGCCAGGCGGGGUGUGUCAUCCCCAGUGUCAUCCCCAGUAGAAACAAGGACCUCAUCUGAACCAGUUGCAAAAGAAAAUACAGAGGCCAGCAAAGAACCAAGUCCAACUAAGACUCCCACAAUCUCUCCUGUUAUUACUGCCCCACCGUCAUCUCCAGUAUUGGACACGAGUGACAUCCGCAAAGAGCCAAUGAACAUUUACAACCUUAAUGCCAUAAUCCGGGACCAAAUCAAGCAUCUGCAGAAAGCUGUGGACCGGUCCUUGCAACUGUCUCGUCAAAGAGCAGCGGCACGGGAGCUGGCCCCCAUGAUCGACAAAGACAAGGAAGCCUUAAUGGAAGAGAUCCUCAAGCUGAAGUCCCUGCUGAGCACCAAACGGGAGCAGAUCGCCACACUGAGGGCAGUGCUGAAAGCCAACAAACAGACAGCUGAGGUGGCGCUAGCUAAUCUCAAGAACAAAUAUGAAAAUGAAAAAGCAAUGGUGACUGAAACCAUGACGAAGCUUAGGAAUGAACUGAAGGCUUUGAAAGAAGAUGCUGCAACUUUCUCAUCCCUGAGAGCAAUGUUUGCAACAAGAUGUGAUGAAUAUGUCACACAGUUGGAUGAGAUGCAGAGACAGUUAGCAGCUGCAGAGGACGAGAAGAAGACUCUAAACACUUUGUUACGAAUGGCUAUCCAGCAAAAACUCGCCCUGACCCAGAGGCUGGAGGACUUAGAGUUUGACCAUGAGCAGUCCCGACGCAGCAAAGGCAAACUUGGAAAGAGCAAGAUCGGCAGCCCUAAAGUAAGUGGGGAAGCAUCAGUCACCGUGCCCACCAUAGACACUUACCUCCUGCAUAGUCAGGGCCCACAGACACCCAACAUUCGGGUCAGCAGUGGCACUCAGAGGAAAAGACAAUUUUCACCUUCCCUUUGUGAUCAGAGCCGUCCCAGGACUUCAGGGGCCUCCUACCUACAGAAUUUAUUAAGAGUCCCCCCUGAUCCCACCUCCACAGAAUCAUUUCUUCUGAAGGGCCCCCCUUCCAUGAAUGAAUUCAUCCAAGGGCACCGGCUCAGCAAGGAAAAAAGGUUAACCGUGGCUCCACCAGAUUGUCAGCAGCCUGCUGCCUCCGUACCGCCACAGUGCUCACAACUAGCCGGGAGGCAAGACUGCCCAACUGUCAGUCCUGACACAGCUCUCCCUGACGAGCAGCCGCAUUCCAGCCCCCAGUGCACCCCUCUCCGCUGUCUCUCCAAGCCUCCUCACCCCUAGUCUUCAUUUCCUAUGGACAAACACCUGGGGUGAAAGUUUUGUAGCCACACGCAGGAUACUGCCCAAGAUCCAGCAGGUGUUUUCUUCUGGGUUGUUGAUAUACACUUGGGUUAAUGUCUGUCAUUUUGGAAGAUGAGAGAAAGUUGAGAAGAAUAACACAAAGCACAGACCCUGGUGUGAUAAAACCUUCUAUGGUUUCUCUAAGUCACAGAUAAACUUCUGCAAUCAAAUGGCUACAGUUCAGUUAAAUU